AUUGAUUCACAAUUGUGUGUUUUGAUUGAUUAUAGAAAAGACAAUAACAAUGAAUAUCAUGAACUUGUUUGUAACCAGAAAGGUAUAUUCUGGAAAGGAAUGAAAAUGAAAUUGUAUAUUGAAGAAAAUGCAAAUGGUAAAAAAACAAGAAAUAGAAUAAAGUAUUAUGAAGAAUUUGCUAUACAAUUUUGGUUAAAACCUG